AUGCUUGAUUUAAUGAAUGAAAAAAAUGAUAAUGAAAUUAUCAAAGAAAAGGAAGAGGAGUUUUUGUGCAAAUGGGGAUCUUGUAAAGAAAAAUUCCAAUCAAUGAUUUUAUUAUGGAAACAUGUUGAACAACAUAUUGAUAAUACUAAACAUAGAUUUGUGCGUUUAUUCACUGAUGAUUAUGAUGAAGAAGAAGAAAAAUGUUAUUUAUUUGAUUUCAUAUCUAACCUUAUUAGAAAAAAUUCUUCAACAGAUGAUCCGAUGGGAAACAAUGACAAUGAUGCUGACGAUGAACAACCUAACAACGAUAAUAAUUUAAUAAAUCAGCAACACCAACAAAUAUUUCAACUACAGCAACAAUAUAUGUAUCAACAACAACUAAUGCGACAGCAACAAAUCCAACAGCAACAGAUGCAACAGCGACAGAUGGAAAUACAAUUAUAUCAACAACAGUUGUACCAACAACAACUGUAUCAACAACAACUUCAACCUCAAUCCCGACUUCAACAACUCCAAUCCCAAUCUCAACAAGUGUUACUGCGUCAACAAUAUCAACCAUCUGUAAAUCAACAACAACAAUAUCAACUUAAUACUCAUCAACCUCGACAACAACAAUCACUAUCUCGACCCCUACGUCGACAACAGCAAGGGCAACAACAACAACAGACUUUUUAUCAGCAACAAAUACUGCAACAAGUACAACAAGUACAGCAAAUACAGCAAAUGAAAUCAAUAUAUCAUACGCAACAACCACAACGGUUUGACUUUUUAUAUACACGAGUGGUCUGGAGAUAG